AUGACUGCACAAUCUGUGGAUGAAACAACAGCAAUUGCUCGGUGUGAACAGGGCAUUCAGGGCCUGGAAAGGUCUUCGCCGCGGAGCCGGAUCGCUGGCCGGAAGGCCAAACACGGCGCCAAGAGUCUGGAAUCUCACUUCAGUGGCGAAUUUGCUGGGGAUAUGAUGGGGAUUUCGAGAUGUCCAUUGCAGACAAUGCUCUCCACCUGUGUCUUUGAGAAGCACCCCGGGCACGCACCCACCAUGUAA